UGAAAUAACUCACAAAUGUAUUACUCGUUGAAAAUGGAAACUGGACAUUCUUUUGCUGUAAUUUAUUUGCUUUUAGCGUUCUAUGCGUGUUAUGACGUCAGGGGUAUGUUGCUAGGUGAGACGUGCGCGGGUGAUUUCAACUGCACGUACAAUGGAAUGGUGUUCUGCGGACACAUCCCAUGUCCGCUGGAGCCUUGUGCUGUACAGCUGGUACACAGGAAAGGAGACUGCUGUGCUCACUGUCCUUCUGGCCCAGCAGCUGAUGAUCCAAUGGGAAACCCUUGCCCCUACAACUGCACCCAGGCCGGUGUCCACUACUGUUUCCCGAUACCCUGUGCCCAAAUCCCGUGCGUUGACGGGAGGAUCAAACAAGGGGAGUGCUGCCCUUCAUGUCCUAACGGUCCUAACUGCAGCGCCCCAGACGGUCACGUGAUUUCUUAUAACCAUUGGCAAAUCAUCGACGGCAAGAACUGCACGUGUAUCACACCGCCUGGUUAUGUCAAUUGUAUCUAAACAAUUUGAAUACAUGUGGCUGAAACCA